AUGUGCUCUCAGGUGAUCAUCAGUGAAACCAAUAUGAUGGACUACCCCUGUGGACCCAGGUUCUACACUGGCCCCCAUGGCCUCAGGACCCAGAAAGUGAUUUCUGGCCUGUGUGUGUGUGCCUGUCGUGUUUACUCAGAACAUCUGCACACGCGUUCCUUCCUUGACUGUUUGCCUGUCUAUUCCCCUCAGGACUACUGGCUCUCUCUCCUUUACAAGCGCCUGAUCGGCCCCAAAGUCUUGGCUGUGCACGUGGCCGGACUCCAGCGGAAGCCACGGCCAGGCCGAGUGAUCCGGGACAAACUAAGGAUUUAUGCUCACUGCACAAACCACCACAACCACAACUACGUUCGUGGAUCCAUUACACUUUUUAUCAUCAACCUGCAUCGAUCCAGAAAGAAAAUCAAACUGGCGGGGACUCUCAGAGACAAGCUCGUGCACCAGUAUCUGCUGCAGCCCUAUGGGCAGGAGGGCCUGAAGUCCAAGUCAGUGCAGCUGAAUGGCCAGCCCCUCGUGAUGGUGGAUGACGGGACCCUCCCAGAAUUGAAGCCCCGCCCCCUGCGGGCCGGCCGGACAUUGGUCAUCCCUCCAGUCACCAUGGGCUUUUAUGUGGUCAAGAACGUCAAUGCUUUGGCCUGCCGCUACCGAUAGACCACCCUCACACUCACACGCCACCAGUGGGCCUGCAGGACUGCCUUCCACUCUUCCACCCUAGUAGUAGCCUUUUUUUUUCCAGACAUCUUAGCAACCAGCCUCCGCCACCCCAUCCUGCUGGAAUCAACAUAGACUUGCUCUCCAAAGAGACUACAUGUUAUAGCCUGAGCUUAGCCUAGGUAGGUCACAUCCAUCCCCAAAGAAAAUGUAGACAUCAUCUGUACCUAUAAAAGGAUAAAGGUAUGUGUAUACAGCUGAAUGCUUCCAUUUGUGUGCACCAUGAAAACAAACUGCCAGCACACUCCCAGGACAAAUGUUUCCAAACAGUUCCCCACGAUCCUGGUCACAUAGCAAUAUAACUACAAAACCCAAACCGUAGCCUGUUGCUGCUACCCUCAGCAGAUGAGGAAAGAAAAAAAACUGGGUGGACUUGCAAGAACCCAGUCCUCUCCUAAUUCCUCCUUUGUCUGUCUCCUGCUGCCUCCCUGGGUUUCCUGACACGUCUCCUUCCAUGGGGGAACAAAUGGGUGAGUCAGCUCUGGCCUGCUGGGUGAGCUGUUUAUGUAAUUUCCCGGCUGAUAUAUGAGUGUGUGCAUCUGGGCUUCUGACAGUGGCAUCCAUCACUGGCUAUUCCUCUGGGACGUGGGUGCUUCAAAAGUAAAAUUACAAUCAUACUCCAGAUUUUGUAAGAAGGUUCUAUUCCUCUGUGAAUCCAGAUUCCAUCACAGUUGGAAUGGGAGUCAGGUAACAAUAUUCACUGAGUGGAAAGCAAUGUAUUAGGUACCACAAAAAGCAAUCAUCAUCCUUCAUGUUACUGUGAGGGAGAGAGAUUUAGUACAAAGAGAAAGCACACUGAAACAUCAAACACACACACACACACACACAUCCCAACUGAACAAAGCAAAUUAGACCUUCCCCAAAAUUGAGAAAAUAUUAACGGCUUGACAGGGUAAGCCCUUAAUUAUGUGGUUGCUAAAACAAUAAAAAGAAAAAGGUGUGAAUCCAAGGUCAUCACUGUGAGACACUAAAUCUAACUUUUCUGCCUCUUCCCAAGUAGCUGUGUGCCUCUCAAUGGCAUUUACUAGGCAGAAAUUCAAUCUGGUUAUUAAAGACGGCCAAGUUCAUCCUAUCCCAGACCAGCUUAUUUGAGCAUAGAACAAACCUUCAGUUGGCCACUCUGGGGAAGAAUGGGGAAUCUGGAGACUGGUGGCAAACUGCGCAGUGGUUGGUGGAAGCUUCUGAGUUGGGCCAGUGAGAAGUGGACUGAUGUGAAGUUCAUCAUGAGGACCUCCCAUAUGAUCCAAA